AUGACCACUCCUCAUCGUAGAAAGACUCCCACCCGGGCAGCCCGCGCUAAAUCCGUCCAGUCUCAUCACUCUCAUCACUCUCCUCCUCCUUCUCCCUCUCCACUACCCCCUCUACCUCCUCUCUUGCCUCCUGUCCCCGGCGAAUCAGCUCCUUCUGAAAUUAGCGUCUCCGACGAUGAAGAUCCUGUUCAAUUGUGGAUAAGCCUUUUCCAAUCCACCGACCCAGUCUUCUCAUCCCCACGCCAAACUCGCCAAUUCGAGAAGUUUAUCCAGCAGGGUAUCCAACCGUACGAGCACUGUACCCCUCUCUGGUUUCCCACCAUUGCUCUGAAGUACGGUCUUAGACGUUGGGUACCUGUUCGCAUUCCGGACACAGGAAGGAGAGGACCUCCCUGUAUUGUGGAAGGUGAAGACAACCCCUUAUGUCAUCGGUAUUGUCUACCGGCAUUCAUGUACUCUUUGGACAAUUGUUCUGUCAUCGGUAUUCUUUUGGAUCUUGAUCCUUCGAUCUCAUUUCCUCCUCCCCAAUCAGCCAUCAUCAAUCAUGACACUCCUCUCUCAGCAGUGGAUCAGAUUAAUGGAUCCAACAAUGCGCCUGUUCUUGGAAUAGAAGUAGCGAAACCUACGGAACAUCUCUCCCCCCCUCGCAAACGUUCUCGUACACAAUCAACAGACUAUUUGACGUCCGCCCAAAUUCAUCCAAAACCUGUUGUUGUGGAAGAUGUUUUUCUCUCUCGUUCACUUCCACCGACUGUUCAACCCCUUCCAAAUCUGCCUGUCGGACUGCCAGACCAUGCACUAUCCGGUCCGGACCACUCUAUCAGCCAAGGCCCCCAGUCAGAUGCUCUUCCGAUCACAGUGGAACCUCAACUCCACGAUCAGAAUGACUCAGAGUCUAUUGUCCAAGAUCCAUUGUCUACCAAAGCCAAGUCCGACACUUCGUCAUUACCUCCCGCUCCCCCUCCUGUGCGAUUGUGGAGAGCGUAUCGAGCAGAAGUUCAAUCAAGGCCUAUGGAACAAAUCUCGGGACAGCCUUCAUUAGGGGCACCAAUCGAGCUGAAUGCCACAAUCCCUGUCACCUCGUCGGCUUCCGACAUCACUCAGGACGUUACAUUUUCCAAUCCCUCCUUGCCUGUCAAACCUAUUAUUGAACAUGACAACCCUUCGACUCAAAUGUUUGCUUAUAGUACGCCAAGGUCUCUUCCAGCCGGUCAUGAAUUGCAACGCCUUCGAGAUCCCCUUGAUAACUAUUUGAAUGCCCUGGUUGAUCAAGCCCGUCAGCAUUUUAAUGCUGUUGAAGCCAUCCGCCACGACGCUGCUGCUAGUCUGGACCACUUGAUCGCCCGAUCUCAACGAGUCUGGUCAGAAGGAGACAGAGAUAGAGAGGCAAUUGACGAAGUGCGUAGGGAAAGAGACAAGCACUUGGCUACGCUUCGUACACUUGACACACGUCUGGUACAUUAUUCCCAACUUGUUGCCGAGAAGACAAAGCUGGUUGAAGAAUUCAGCAAGAAGGUCCUCUUCCUUGAGACCGAUCUCGAGACAGCACAGCGAGAGCAAAUAGCUGUUGACCAACGCAUGACUCAAGCUAUCAUUGAACGAGAUAAGGCAAUUCAAGAACGCGACUUCGCCGUUCGUCAGCGCUCAGAUAUGGAUUUGGAAAGUCAACAAGCACGCAAGGAGCGGGACGAAGCCAUUGCUCUUCGAUUGAGAGCCGAUGCUGCCCUGGAAGACGCCUAUUUAGAGCUCAUGCAAGUGGAGUCAACCAUGCAGGAGAAUGCGGAGCUGCGGUCCAGGAACACUCUGAUUGAAGCUAUGUUGGUUGCAUCUCAAAAGGCAUCCACAGAUGUCAACUAUGUCGAUUUCGGGACAACCUACCCUUUCAAAGCAUUCUCAACAGGCGGACACAUCUGUAACACAUCAUGGAGGGAGUAUUCCUCGUAUCGUCACCCAGCCGCCUACUUCUCCAUCACAACCCGAUUUGUCCUCCUUAAAGCAACCUGUGGACUAUUCUACCAAUAUUUCAAACCGUAA